UCGAAACUAGAAAAGUGCGGCAGCCUCAGCCUGCUGAAUCAAUGGCGCACUCAUCAAAUGCUAACUGUUAGCUAGCCAUUCUCUGCGUUGAGGAUGCAUGCUGUGCUAGGAGAACAUCAAAAUCCACGACACAUUUAUUAACAAUGGCAGAAGGCGAGCCACAGGUCCAGUUCAAGCUUGUGUUGGUUGGCGAUGGAGGAACGGGAAAGACUACUUUCGUCAAAAGACAUUUGACGGGAGAGUUUGAGAAGAAAUAUGUUGCCACUCUGGGAGUGGAGGUGCACCCGCUGGUCUUCCACACUAACAGAGGGGCCAUCAAAUACAACGUGUGGGACACAGCCGGGCAGGAGAAGUUUGGAGGGCUCCGAGACGGCUACUACAUCCAAGCCCAGUGUGCGAUCAUCAUGUUUGAUGUCACGUCUCGAGUCACCUACAAGAACGUACCCAACUGGCAUCGUGACCUGGUGCGUGUCUGUGAGAACAUUCCCAUAGUCCUCUGCGGCAACAAGGUGGACAUCAAAGACCGUAAAGUCAAAGCCAAGAGCAUCGUAUUCCAUCGCAAGAAGAACCUCCAGUACUAUGACAUCUCUGCUAAGAGUAAUUACAACUUUGAGAAGCCCUUCCUGUGGCUAGCACGGAAGCUGAUUGGAGACCCCAACCUGGAGUUUGUGGCCAUGCCCGCCCUCGCCCCCCCAGAGAUCCUCAUGGACCCCUCCCUCGCUGCGCAGUACGAGCACGACCUCAAAGUUGCAUCAGAAACAGCGCUCCCAGAUGAAGAUGAUGACCUUUAACCUGUUACCUAUGACCCCCCCUACCCCCGCGUGGCAGGAAGUUGUCUGAGUUUGGCCCCUUUACUGUAAAAUCCCGUUGCAGAUUUAUUUUUGAACUCUAUUUUUUUGUUUUGCUUGUGUUUUAAAACGGAAAGAAAUACAAACAUGGUGAAGUCGUGUGGUUCUCUAGUUUCACUGUAAGACACACCGCCCUAGUGUUGGCAUGGCAAUGUUACUCACCAUCAUCAAGCACCAUCCUCUGCCCUUCCCCGGCACACACGCUGGGCUAAGGCCGACUGACCGGAAGCACUUGGGGGGGGAAUAAACUUUGAAUAAAAACAUUCUCAAUAUAA